AUGAAGGAAAAAAAGAGUCCUCUCAAAUAUUUUAUAUGUGGAGGCAUAGGCGGUUUGCUUGGUGUAAGUUUGGGCUAUCCGAUGGAUACUAUAAAAGUAAGGUUACAGACCAUGCCUGUGCCUAAACCGGGUGAAGAGACCAUUUAUACAGGCAUGAUUGAUUGUGCCAGAAAAACAAUUAAAAUGGACGGUGUUAAAGGAUUGUUCCGAGGGAUCUUAGCACCUCUUGCAGUUGCGGCUCCAGUAAACGCUGUUAACUUCUUCGGUUUUGGUAUCGCCAAGAAAUUAAUUGAAAAAGACAGUGACCAUAUCCAUUCAAUGUCUGAACUAUUUGCUGCAGGCACGUUUGCGGGAUUGGUCACCUCAGUUUUAGUGGGUCCGUCAGAGCAUAUUAAAUGUCUUCUCCAAUUGCAUGACGACAAUAGUUCAAAUCCUAAAUAUAGUGGGGCAGUAGACUGUUGCAAGAAGUUGUAUGCUGAAGGAGGAAUCAAAAAUGUGUUCAAGGGUACUGGAGCUACUAUAUUAAGAGAUAUUCCAGCUGCUGGUACGUUCUUCAUGUCUUAUGAGACGCUUAAAGAAAUAUUAGUACCUGAAAAUGCUAGCGGCGCUUAUGACAUGUUGGCUACUAUAUUUUCGGGUGGUUGUGCUGGCUGCUUAUACUGGUUAGUUGGCAUGCCAGCUGAUGUACUAAAAACAAGGUACCAAACGGCUCCUCCUGGCAAAUACAAGAAUGUGAGAGACGUUUUCAGGAAAUUGAUGGCUACAGAAGGUCCAUCAGGUCUGUACCAUGGCUUAGCGCCAGUUCUGGUCAGGGCUUUCCCAGUAAAUGCAUUGACAUUUGUAGGUUUUGAAAUUGGUUUAAAAGUAUGUAAUUGGGUCAUCCCAGACUUGUGA